AUGGUCCGCUUCCUCACCGACAACCGCAUAGCCCCAACGCCAACCUCCAACACCCAGCACAAACAAGAGCUCCUCGUAAUCGGCGCCGGCCUUCCGCGCACAGCAACAUCCUCCCUCCAAGCCGCACUAGAAGAACUAAACAUAACACCAUGUCUCCACAUGGCACAAAUAAUCCCCCAUACCUCACGCCAAGAACUCCUCAUCGCAGCCACACACUCCACCGACACCGCAACACGACAAAAACAGCUCAACGCCCUAGUCUCCGGCUACGCCGCAGUCUGCGAUAUGCCCGCUGUAUUCUUCCUCGCUGAUCUGAUGGACAUGUACCCGAGGCACGGGUGA